AUGGAUAGCAUGAGUGAGGCAUUUGAUCAAAUGCAAAUGGUCAAGGAUGUUCUAGCCAACAGUGAUAAAGUUUCAGAGGUCCUACAAGAGUCUACUCAUCAGUUCAACCUGCUUACUUCACCCACCUUCCUACCAAAGGUCAAGGAUCAAGGGAAAUUCACUCUCCCUUGCACACUUGGGCAUCUUGAGCUUGACAAUGCCUUAGUGGAUUCUGGAGCAAGCAUCAAUCUGAUCUCUCUCUCCAUGGCAGAGAAGCUAGGCAUUGCUGGAGCCUUGCAGCGCCCUACUACUUCAAUCAUGUUUGGAGAUGCAACUUCUAAGUCUCCUCUUGGAGUGUUCAAGAACUAUCACUUGAAAAUUGGAGAAUGCAUCAUCCAAACUGAUCUCACUGUGAUGGAAAUGGAAGAAGAGAAGGAUUUACCUCUGUUAUUGGGAACCCCUUUCCUUAGUACAGUUGGCGCUUCAAUAGACUUUCACAAGCAAGAAGUGAUCCUUCACAAGGUUGUGAAGGAAAGGGUUGACAAGGAACCAAGAGUUGGGAAGGAUAAGGAUGAGAGAGGACCAAGGAUUGAGAAGCCACGUCUUGAGAGGGCUAGAGUUGAGAAACCACGAUCUGAUAGGCCACGUUCGAUUUGUCAUUGUUCAUCAUCUUGUUUUGCUUUAAGUUCGAGCCACUGUGAUUCUUCCAUCACUCAAUCAAGGUAUGAACCCUAA